AUGUUGACUGCAUGGACUACACUUUUUCUAGUUCGCAUUCUGCUUAUGGAUCAAUCUGGCCCCUCCAGUUCAUCUGCUCCUAAGAAAACUAUUCGAAGGAGGAAAAAGCUAGGAGGUUACAUGGGUGUUCGUACGAGGGCAGUUGGAAAGUUUGCUGCUGAAAUUAGUGUUCCAAGAAUGGGAAAAAGGUUGUGGUUAGGCUCAUUUGAUUCAGCAGAUAAGGCAGCUAGAGCAUAUGAUGCUGCCCUGUAUUGUGUUCGUGGUGAGUGUGGUAAUUUCAAUUUUCCAGGUGAUAGACGGCCAGAACUCCCUAAGGCUCCCAUGGAUUCACUGUCAGAAGCAGAGAUAAAGGCUAUUGCUAAUAGAUUUGCUUUGUCACGAGGUACCUCAGGCUUAACCCUGGUGUCUUCUUCAGCAGGAACACCGGUGGGUGCUGAUAAAUCAGAUUCUGAUUUACCAGUUUCUAGUGCAGCUGCUAAGCAGAGCACAUCUGAAGAGAAGGGAGCGGAACCAGUUGCAGAAGACUCACUUGAUGGUCUAGAAAUGGAUGAUUUCCAGAAUCUGGACCUUGAAUGGGUGGAUACCCUUUAA